UGCAAGUGUAAUGUACUUUUGUGUAUACGUAGUUAUAAACCAGGAAACGAAAUAAACUUAUUUCGUAAAUUAAAAUGGAAGUUUUAAAUCAUUUCGACCACAUCGAUGAGAGUGUGGAUGAGAAUACAAUUAGCAAUGACAACGUCGGCGUCGUUUUGGAGGAAGCAGAAAUAAUAGAUUGUGACACAGAAAUAGAAACUGUCACAGAUGAUAAUAUACAGUAUCAAUUAUGCGAGGUGAACAGAAAUGAUAAUGCAGUUGCAUAUCGUGUGGUACAAGUCGGCGAUGCCCAUGCAAACAAUACUGAAUUAUCAUUAGCUGCACCUAUGAAUAAUACUGUCCAAGUUCUGACAUCACCUAUAAACGGCCAAUUCUAUGUACUGAGCAAUGGCAACGAAGUAGUAGCUACAGAAUCUACAAGAGCAGUUGCACCGCGCGUUAAACUCCAACUAGACAAUCCACAAAACAUUCUUACUACUAUUAAAAAGAGGGAUGAAAGAAGAAGGGUAACGCAUAAUGAAGUUGAAAGACGCCGUAGGGAUAAAAUCAAUAACUGGAUUUCAAAGUUAGGAAAGCUUCUACCAGAUUGUGACCAAAAUACAACAGGGGAUGGUGACGUGAAAACAAAUUUUGAAUUGCAGAGCAAAGGAGGAAUUUUAGCAAGGGCAUGUGAGUAUAUCACAGAAUUAAGAGACGUACAAGAGAGUUUCUCGCAAAGUUUAGAUGAGAAUGCUCAGCUGGCAGAAGAAGCUCAAACUUUAAGACACGUAGUGAAUCAAUUAAGAAAAGAAAAUUCUGAACUGAAGGCUCAGAUAUCAAAGGGUACAACAUACAUAUUGGGUACUUAAUUUUUAUAAACAUGCAAUAAAGAAUAGUAGCUGUGAAUAAUUUUUUUUUUUUUUUGAAUCUUUUUCCAUAGUACAAUUUUUUUUUCAAAGCAUUGCAACAUAUAUCUUUAAAUUGUACACGUGCAAUUCGAUAUCGGCAAAGACAUUCGUGAUUCAGUGCAAUAAAGUAAUAAUAAUGUAGUAAUUAUAAA